AGAGAUAUGGCCAGCUGUGAGUUGAGGGACUGUUUGAGGGAAGGAGAGAGGCAUGGGUACCUCCACUCUCUCUGUAUCCUGUGCUUGGACUGGAUCUCCCGGCAGGACUAGUUGACCAUGGAGAGAGAAAACCACACGAGCACCUCUGAGUUCAUCCUUCUGGGGCUCUCCAGCCAGCCGGAGAGGCAGGAGCUGAUCUUCGGGCUCUUCCUGGUCAUGUACCUGAUGGGGGCAGCAGGGAACUUGCUCAUCAUCCUGGCCAUUGGCUCAGACUCCCACCUCCACACGCCCAUGUACUUCUUCCUCAGUAACCUCUCCCUGGUGGACAUCUGUUUCAUCUCUGCCACAGUCCCCAAGAUGCUUGUGAACAUCCAGAUGCAGACUCAGUUCAUUUCCUAUGGUGGCUGCCUAGCCCAGAUCUACUUCUGCAUUUUGCUUGCCAACAUGGACAACUUCCUUCUCACGGCAAUGGCCUAUGACCGCUAUGUGGCCAUCUGCCACCCGCUGCACUACUCCACUAUGAUGAGUCUGCAAACCUGUGCCUUGAUGCUGGGGAGCUCCUGGCUCAUCGCCAGCUUCCACUCCCUGCUACACACCCUCCUCAUGGCUCGAUUGGAGUUCUGUGCCAGCAACGUCGUCAUCCCUUACUUCUUCUGUGACCUCGUUCCCAUGCUCCAGCUCUCCUGUUCCAACACCCAACUCAACCAGCUUAUGAUUCUGCUGGUGGGUGGCUUGAUCGUGGUCAUCCCCUUCCUGGGCAUUCUCAUCUCCUACAUCCACGUUAUGUCUGCUGUGCUCAAGGUCCCAUCUGCCAGGGGCAAACAAAAGGUCUUUUCCACCUGUGGUUCCCAUCUCACUGUAGUCAUCCUCUUCUAUGGGACCAUUGCAGGGGUCUACCUGAAUCCCUCAUCUUCCCAUUCAACUGACAAGGAUUCUCUGGCCUCGGUGAUGUAUAUGGUCGUUACCCCCAUGCUGAACCCCUUCAUCUACUGCCUGAGAAACAAGGACAUGAAGAGAGCUCUAAGGAAACUGCUCAGUGUGAAGGCUUUAUCCUGUGGGCUGUGACAGCAGAGUGCCCCCCUCAGGGUCUUUGUGCUGGGAAGAGGAGAAUGAAUCGCAGGGACAAGCUGCACAGACAGAGGGCAGGAGGAACAGAGACCUCAACAUCCUGGGUUAUCACCAUAGCUAUGGCUCCCCAAGUUAUUUGCAAGUCCAAAAUUUCUUGGGGCCCUGGCCCAGUAACUCAGUUGGUUAGAGUGUCAUCCCAGUACCCCAAGGUUGUAGGUUCAAUACUCAACCAAUGGUUGCAUCAAUAACUGGAACAAGCCCUGGCU